AUGCCUCCAAAGCUCUUUGUUGUAUUCUACCGGCCACGCUACGGAAACUUUUUGCACUGGGCAUUGCAUAUAGAGAAAGGCGAAGAACAUCACAUUAUCGAAGUUGAUGGCGAGCAUCCACAAUUCAAACGCAACACGUUUAUGGAAAACCCAAAGGAAUCCAGCACUUUCCUAAGGCAGUUCUUUAUUGCUGUGCUUGGAGAGGACGAUGUUGAGAGAGUGAAGAGCGUUGCACAGAGUGUGCCUGUGGACAAUGAGACUAUUGAGUGGGAUUGUCAGGAUUAUGUGCUGGAGAUCCUUGAUAAACUACAGGAAGUGUUUGUUUUGGACAAGGAUGAUGAGGACUAUAUGGAUGCGAGGGAGAUAUUAAUGGAAGAGAGGGGAGGAUCAGAGCUUGAAAAAGCUCUUACCUCCGCUGCAGAUAUUGGAUAUACUGCCGGCUCUGCCGAAAGGCUAUUGACUGGCGAGGAGGCAGAUGCCCUCGCUGGGCAUCUGUCCAGUAUUAUCAAUGAGUUUGUCGAUGGGGAGCGGACUGUCUCCGGCAUGGAUGACCUCGGUCUCGGUGACCGUCGAUAA